CACCAAACAAAGGGACUUUUCGUCGCGCUCAUUACAUGCAAAGACGCGUCCAUCGCGAGUCGGCGAUGAGAAAUAAUCGUACAACUGAGGACGGCGACACUUGAUGUCAAUCCUUCAAGAUGUCUUAUUACGACAUUGAUGCCAUCCUUACCGAUGCAGAGAAAGUCCCCUGCGAGUUCCAGCUCGACGUCCCGGAGCUCGGCUACCUGGACAACACACCAUCACACGCCCUCAAGGCCGGCACCAAAGUAAACCUGCCGCUAUGGCUGGCUGAGAUGCUGGCGUUGGCCAACACGACGCACCCAAGCAGCGCCGACCCCGACGACGCCCGGUCCUUUGUGUCGCUGAACCUGCCCAACCCGCUCGCCGACGACGUCAUCCAGGCCCUCAAGGCCGACCCUCGCUCCGUGCCGCUGCGCGACCGCAGCCCGCACUUCUUCUCGCUCAGCACGCGCGUGCUCGACCUGUUUGAGGAGCGGGAGCUGGCUUCCGUUUUGCGCAAGAGCUUCGUCGUCAGGGCGGGCGACGUCGGGCUGCAUGCGAGAAAGGUUGGCGGCGGUGGAGGUGGGCACAACGCUGGCGGCAGGGGCAAGGAUGACGACAAGGGGAGUAAUAUCGGGCUCGGCGGGCAGAGCGAGGAGUUCCUGAGGGGGCUGGACGAGUGGGAGAGGAAUCUGUUUAGGAAGGCGCAUGAGGGUACCAAGGCUGGGGGUGAGUGGAUGGACAGUGUCAAGAAGAACUGAGGUGAUGACUUCUUGUUGCGCCAUUACGCAGCGGGGGUGACAGCAACGACUGGGACCUCCGGGACGCAAUCAAAGCAGCCGAGCUGGGCGCAAAGACCGCCGGUAGUCUGCCGAGGACUUUUUUGCUCGACGUCUAGCUUGCGGGUGGUAUUCUGGCCACAGAGGCAACCAUGCUACACUCGCAACAUAGGCCGGGGUAUCUGCGCAUAUGAUUAUCUUGCGCCAUUCAUGCAAAUGCCUGGGGUCGGAGCCUUCUGUGGAAGGGAGAUGGCACAACGCUCACAAAUAGCUUACGGCUACUAUUACUGGCCGUUUGCUUUUUCAUUUGAUAACAGACGAGGCUAUGGUAUAAAGACGAAUGAUUUAUGAACAACCACAUAUAGAAUAAGACAAGUCAUGUUUUCCAGGUAA